AUUUCAGUUGCUCGUGCGCUGCAGCUGCUCACAGUUCGCUUUUGACGAGUUAAAGCUUUAAAAGCUACUGUCUCCAGCUUAAAAAUUACUUUUAAUGUAAAGCUUAACUAGACAACGCGAUUCCUUUUAGUCUUUGUUCAGAUUUUACCGCGUAUUGUAUUUUUUUUGGAUUACCGUGAUUAAUUUAAUAAAUUUUAUUAAAGUGACAAAAUUCGUUAAAGUCAGAGUCGUAAAACAAGUUCAACUGGCCUAUAGUUUACAUAGAACUAGGAGACCCCAUUCUAAAUGCAACUAUGCGCACAUACAAAAUCACACUAUGUCAGACUUGAAUACUACGAAGGCAGCAAUUCUUAGCGUCCCAGAUCCGGCCAGAACUUUGGAAACUGUUAACCAGGCGAAAGAAAAGGAAGAUGUUCAAGCACACGAUAAAGAAAAGGCUGCUAGUUAUAGCUGUGAUGAUGAUGACGACGAUGUUAUCAUUGUUGAAUUACUGCAAGGUUGUGAGCCCGAAAGACCCGAAACGACCAAUACAAAGUCAACAAUACUGUUGGACAAUCAGUUAGAGAGAAUGCAUAUUGAAUCUGAAGAUUUGAGUCGGGAAUAUUCCACUGAUAUUAAGAAGCCAAAUAUGCAAUUUAACGGAGGCAAGGUGCAUCAAAACAAAAGGCCUGCCAACGUUGGAAAUCACGAUACUGAAAGCACAAACAAAAACAAUUUCGUAAAGGAAAGCACAGUUUCUCAGAGCAUAACCGUACGCGUUGCAGAGUCUUCAGGGUCCAGAAAUGAAUCCGUUGAAUCUUGUGGCUCCAAACAGGGUCCUCCCGCUCUGCUUAAAUCCCAGUCCCUGGACCUAUACAAUGAGGAUUGUACGGGCUUGAAUAUUGAUCAACAGUUACACAAUCGAAUUCUUCCUAAUAUCACGGAACAUAGGACUGCUGAGAGCCAAUUCAAGUCAAACGACGAGAAUGUUGAGCAGGGUCAAGGCGACGGCUUGAACAGAUCGACUGGAGAAAUACGUCAGCGUCCAACACACCGCCCAAACAUUGCGACAGCAGUGUUUCCAAGCACAGACUCUCGGCCAAUUUAUCCGAAUGUUCCAUAUAGUCCAUAUGGCAGUCCCUUCGGAAGUCCUCGAUCAGUACGACGUAGACCUCCACUACGUGAAUCCCGACGCAUAUCUAUUGAGAAAUCUGGAAGCUUCCUUCAACUAAAUCAAUACAAGCUUUUGGAUCAAAUAGGACAGGGUUCAUACGGUCUUGUGAAGCUGGCUUAUUCUGAAGAGGAUUCGACACAUUACGCUAUGAAGAUUCUCUCUAAGAAGCGUCUGUUGCGACAAGCUGCGUUCAUGCGUCGCGGUCCGAAGCAAGCAACAUCUCCGCUGGAUCGGGUUUAUAGAGAAAUCGCAGUGUUAAAGAAACUCGAUCAUCCAAAUGUUGUCAAGCUAGUGGAAGUGCUGGAUGAUCCAAUGGAGGACUCGCUUUAUCUGGUUUUUGAGCUGGUUAAAAAGGGUGAAGUUCUUUCCAUACCCACGGACAAACCAUUGUCAGAGGAGCGUGCGCUGAGCGUGUUUCGAGACUGUUUACUAGGACUAGAAUAUUUGCACUAUCAGAAGAUUAUCCAUGCGGACAUUAAACCUGGAAAUUUGUUGUUGACCGAAUGUGGACAUGUCAAGAUAGCUGAUUUGGGAGUUUGCAAUGAGUUUCUGGGAGAGGAUGCUACAAUGAGUAAUGGAGCGACAGGUGGAACACCAGCGUUUCGAGCACCUGAAACCCUUGUACUGGGCAAGAAUGUGUACUGCGGUCGGGCAGCGGAUAUUUGGGCUUUGGGAGCAACAUUAUAUUCCCUGGUUUAUGGAAACGUUCCAUUUAUAGCUAACACUGUACCCUUGUUGUAUGACAAAAUACGAAACGAUCCAGUGGUAUUUCCAGGACAGCCAAAAAUCAGCGACGAAUUGCAAGACUGCAUUUUGCGCAUGCUUGAAAAGGAUCCAGCAAACCGAAUAACUUUGCCACAAUUAAAGAUGCAUCCGUGGGUGACCAGUAACGGAUCUUAUGUCUGUCCAACUGAAGACGAAAACUGCUGCCUGGUACAAGUGGACGAUGAAGAUAUUAAUUCUGUUGUGCGCAGUAUUCCAAAGCUUGAUACGCUUAUCUUAAUCAAAACGAUGCUCAAAAAUCACUCCUUUGUAAACCCCUUUAUGAGGGGCAUCUCCGGAAGGGCUCCCCAGCCAGGCGGUUCCAGACUUGAGAAGUUUGUCAAAGCUGGUAGAUCCAAUUCAGCACCUGGGUCGUACCACAUACCAUUGGACAGGGAGCCAUCGAUGGAUAACGUACUUCCGUCGCUGACUGAACAUUGUUCUAGCCAUAAAAAUGAAGAAACUUAAUCAAAUGCGAAAAAUGUUAAUCAAAUAGCCAAUGAUAUUAAUAAUACCAGGGACCGAAAAACACAUUUAAUUAUAUGCACAUUUUUAGCUACAAAAUAUAAUUAGGGAAAAUUGUUUAAUCAUACAUAAAAUGCACAAAGCGUGUUUCUUGAUCAGCAAUACAAUAUGCCCUUCAUAGGGUAUCAUGGGUUUGUCAGGUGUAAGGCAUUAAUGGUAAAAAUACGUACUCCUACAUGUAUAAUAUAUAUUAUCGAUCACUUUGGCUCGAUUCGGCUUUUUAUUGCAGGCAAUAAAUUUGUAUAGAAAGUUAAGUAAAUGCAUUGAACCAUCAUUGUAUGUAUAAUUAGAAACAUAUCUCGCACACACCCAAUGCCUGCAAGCAUUGAUAAUACUAAUAUAUAUUUUAAUUCCCAUGUUAGCUAUUAAUUGAAAAUAGUUAUUACGUCUUCUGCAAAUAUGAUUUGUCAACAAACUUCUGGCUCGGUAGGCUCUGUUAAGUUUUGUUAUCUCACUUUAUAAAUUAAGGGUUAUUUUUUUUGCAGGCUCCAGGAGUUUAAAUGUAUUACGGAUCCAAUUGUUUUUUGUCAAUAUAUAUAUAUAUUUCUAGUGCCUUCGUCCAUUCUCUCUUGUAAAUUAAUUACAAAUUGUUGUUAUUGAAUAUAUAUACAUGCAUGUACUUUGUAUAGUUAAUAUAUACAAUAUCCAGUCUAAUCAAAUCUAAUCAGGUAAAAACAAAAAUUAUUGUUUCUGUGUGAUACUGUAUGCGGUCUUAAAUCUAAAAAUCAACUAAGUUAAA